GCGCACGUCACAUCCCCUUGACCCUCCAAUCACCUCGGGCUCCCAUUUGAUUGGAAGGCGGCAAAGGCUUUAAUCUCACACUAAUUCAGCCGCUUUUGAAGUGAAAAUUUCUCCCAGUUCCCGGCUUGGGAGGAGCAGCGCGCGGACGUGCGGCAGAGCAGCGAGAGAGCGCGCGCGACGCGUGUGGUGGGAGAGAGACGCAGCAGCUCCGGGAUCGGCGGAGAGCUCACGCCUUUCCUCCUGCCAGAGGAUUAACGCAGACUGACUUUCGCUUCCUGAGCGUCUUGUUUUUGUUUUUUUUUUUAAAUCGUUUGUUUGUUUGAUUUUUGGUUUCAUUUUUUCUGAGAAGCAGAGCGAAGCCCACCGCUUUCAUGAGUCCGAGGAGUGAGCGCGCGACUAGCGGGUCAUGAUCACAUUGCCCUCCGCUACUGCUCUCCGAAACGGCGACUCGGCUCUAGCGUGGGACAGCAGCGGCUCUCGGAAUAUCAGCACCAAGCCUUUCUUCCACUCCGUCCCCCCGUCGGACCCUUUACGGCAAGCGCAGCGACUCCCAAUUAAAGUGCUCAAAAUGCUCACCGCGCGCACGGGACACAUUUUGCACCCGGAGUACUUGCAGCCUUUACCGUCCACUCCGGUCAGCCCGAUCGAGCUAGAUGCCAAGAAAAGUCCGCUUGCUCUGCUGGCGCAGACAUGCUCCCAAAUCGGGAAGCCGGACCCCCCGCCCUCCUCCAAGCUCUCCUCGUCGUCGUCCGGAGGAUCCGGCGAGAAGGAGGCGAAGUCCGGCCCGCUAAAGCUGAGCGACAUCGGCGCGGAGGACAAGUCCAGCUUCAAGCCGUACUCCAAGCCGACGGACAAGAAGGAGUCUGCGGCGGGCGCGGAUAAGUCUGGUUUCCGCGUGCCGAGCGCCACCUGCCAGCCAUUCACGCCCGGGACUGGCAGCCCCACCUCCAGCACGUCGGCCUCGCCGAUGCCCUCGGACGGAAAGGGCGAGCGAGAUGAGAAGAAGGAGGGUGGCGACUGCACCAAGACGUGCGCCACGGACGGCUCGGGGGCCACGGGCGUCAGCCACAGCCGGAUAAGCGUGAGCUGCGCGGGGAUUAACGUGGAGGUGAGCCAGCAGCAGGAGAGCAAGGCCGCCGCUGCCGCAGCUUCAGCCGCGUCCGAGCCGUCAUCUGCCCCGUCCGCCACCUCCGCCUCCUCCGUGUUGGGCUCCGGACUCGUGGCGCCCGUGUCCCCGUACAAGCCGGGCCAGGCCGUAUUCCCACUGCCUCCCGCCAGCAUGUCGUAUCCGGGGGGCCUGGCAGGCGCCUACGGCGGCUACCCGCAGCCCUUCCUGCCUCACGGUGGAGGACUCGUGAACGCGCAGCUCGCCACGUCACUAGGUUGCAGCAAGGCCGGCUCGAGCCCACUGGCCGGCGCCUCGCCGCCGUCCAUCAUGUCGGCGAGCCUGUGCAGAGACCCGUACUGCCUGAGCUACCACUGCGCGAGCCACCUGGCGGGCGCGGCGGCAGCGGCGGGCGCCUCGUGCGCGCACGACUCCGCCCUCAAGUCCGGAUACCCGCUCGUGUACCCAGCGCACCCACUGCACUCCGUGCACUCCACGCCGCCAUCGUUCGGCGGCCACGCCGCGCUCUACCCCUACGGCUUCGUGCUGCCCAACGACCCGCUGCCGCACGCCUGCAACUGGGUGUCGGCGAACGGGCCAUGCGACAAGCGCUUCUCCUCAUCCGAGGAGCUCCUGAGCCACCUGCGGACGCACACGGCGUUCACUGGGGCCGAUAAGCUCAUGUCCGGCUACCCAAGCUCGUCGUCUCUCGCCAGUGCCGCCGCUGCCGCGGCCAUGGCAUGCCACAUGCACAUGCCGGCCUCAGGGGCUCCGGGCAGUCCUGGGACGCUCGCGCUAAGGAGCCCGCACCACGCGCUGGGACUGAGCAGCCGCUACCACCCGUACUCUAAAAGUCCACUGCCCACAGCCGGAGCCCCAGUGCCCGUGCCGGCCGCCACCGGGCCCUACUACUCCCCCUAUGCACUCUACGGCCAGAGACUGACCACAGCAUCAGCGCUUGGAUACCAGUGAAACGGACUCUUUUUAUCCCCCCACACCCCCUUCCCCCAAAAAAAUUUAUAGAUUAUAAAGAUUGAAAUAUAAAGACUUUUAUAGCAGCGCGCCACUGAAGGACUGGAUCCGUGGACUUCCUCCCCUCUCCCGUAUUUAUUUCUGUCGGCUCAAAGCGGACAAUAACGCAGAGGAAAAUAUCAGAGCAACUCAAAGUGCAUUAAAGUCAGUAGGCGAAAGUGAGAGAGCCGCGUUAGAGUACUAAUAAACAAAUAGGGGCUCUACGGUUUUCCACGUUGAUUUGAAAUUGCUAUGAUUGUAUUGUACGUUCUUAUUUAAUGUCACAUUGAAAAGGAAAUAAUUUACAUGCAUGUUUGUUUUUUGUUUGUUUUUUUUUUUCUUUUCUUUUUUUUAAAACCCAAAAUUGUCCGCAUAAUUUUAAAUGGCCGUUAUUUUUCAGGUGUAUACCAUGGAGAGAGAAUUGGUAUUUUUUUGUAUGUAUUCUGGGAAAAUAAGAAACAAUUCUGUUGCA